AUGACAGACGUGUGCAAGUUAAAAAGAAAAGCAAACGUGUCCCUGGAUGCGUGCGGCGUUUUAAUUUCUCAAAUACAUCACAAACUACCUGGCGCUAAGCCAAACAACGUUACAAAGCCGAAGAAAAACAAUACAAAAGUACCAAGGUGUGCAACAGACAGAUGCCCUGAUAGGAACAGCAACCUGUUACCUUGGAGACCCGGACUCAAUAAAGACAGGAAAGUUGUAAUCAGACCCGGUUUACUUUUAGAGCUGGAAUCUUCAGUCACUGUUCAUUCCAUUGUUAUAGAGGCCCGAGGGGCAUUAGUCUUUCCAGACUACCCAAAAUAUCCUAUCACACUGAGAACCAGGCAUAUUCUUAUUAAGGAUGGUGGACAGCUGCACAUUGGUUUGGCAAAAUGCACAUACAUUGCAAAUGCUAAUGCCAUUAUCUCACUGUACGGCAGGUCUACUGUCAAAGCGUCUGUGCAGGAUUUUGGGAGGAAGUUUAUUGGUGUCGAUGCAGGUGGAACUUUGGAAAUGCACGGGAGGAGAGCGCUUUCAUGGACGCUGGCCAGAACUUUGUAUCCAAUGGGACUGCAGCAUGGACCUUAUAGAUUCGAGCGGUACUGGGGCAGCAGGGGGAUCAAUGUUCGGGUUGUUGACGACGGGACAGCUCAGGUUCUGGCAUCUGAUCAUUUCGACACCCACAUGAUGGUUAAUGAAAGCAGGCGAGAAUUCCUCAGUAACCAGCCCUCCGGGGCAAUAGUCGCCAUGGCGGUUGAGGACUCUGCUGCCAGGAGUUUGUCCCUUGAUUCCAGGGAGUACAUUAUGGAAGUCUUGAGGAGCAAAUACAUCAAACAUUUAGGAUACAGGAUCCCCACACAUUGGAUUUAAAGUUGAAGCUUUAAAAGGCAUUAUUUAAAACUUGGUGGGUGACGCCUCAAGCUGGAAAACUG